UUUGCAACACUGACAUGAAAUCACACAAGACUGAACAGACUUCGUUUAGACGAUAGUGGACGAAUUUUGAAAAUAAUUUUUUUAUGAUUUAAGUAUAACUAUAUAAAAGAGGAUGGCGUUUUAUGAUAACGAGCAUUGGCUCCUAUCGCACAUUCGAGACAGUUUUUUACUGACUGACAACACAGGUCAGUGUGAAGUAGUGAUGGUCGGAGAAGAUCUUCCUAAACAACUAAAAACAAAUGGAGUGCUGCAGUGUUAUCCUGGCAUGGAAGAAAGCGACGACGAAGACCUCGAUGCUCUUGUAGAAUCGUAUGACAUACAAAUGGAUAUGGAAUAUUCUCACAGAGAACGUUCUAACAUUGCUAAAAGAUUAGAGAAAAUGGAUCUCGAAAGAAAAAAAGCUGCCAAAGUGAAUAUAAAAUGGAAAACUAAUCCUGCCAUAUCCAUUAGCCAACAGACAGAAUUAUUCCAAAGAAAAGACUUUCGUAAAAAGACUGGCCAACUUAAAAGACGCUCCCUUUUAUCUGAUCAGCUUCAAAAAUGUCCAAAUAUACCACAAAAUCUAUUCAUAGAGUAUGCUAAGUUUGAUGGUAGCGCUCAAGUAGAUAUUCCUAUUAGAAAGUACAGAAUUUUUAUGUGUAUGUUACCUAAAAAUCAGAGAAUGUAUCCCCUUCAAGUAGUUGUAAUCGCUACCGCAAAAGUGUUGGAAUUUAUCGGAUUAAUUUGCUAUAAAUAUGCAACAGAACAUCCGGAUCAUUCUUUAAAGGAAGAUAUUACGAGAUACGGGCUGUACUUCACCGAAGAUGACGGAGAAGUCGAUUGGGAUUUACCUUGUUUAGAUCCCAGAGAAACAAUUUCUAAAUUUGAAUUUACGACGCUAGGUCUAACGGAGAUGAAACCAAGCGAUAGAGCACGACACAUUACGCUUAUGCGUGUCGAAAUAAAAGACGAAGAAGAUUUCCUAAAAGGUCAAAAUAAAGAACAAGAGGAAGUUGCAAAGGAUUUGGCGAAAAUGGAAGGACAUACAACUGCCAUGGAAGCACCAUUAUACCAAUCCUACAGGGUAUACAUAAUCAACAAAGUCAGAACAAAGACUGAAAUUUACAUAGGAAUAUCGGGUGAAAAAAUCGAAAUUAAUCCGAUAAUAACUGGAAAAGGUGCUGGACGGUUUUGGAACAGGCAACGAGCCGUUAGUUAUCAAAUAGACAAUAUUGCCUGGUGCGAAGUAACGGAAACAAAGGGAUCAAAGACGAUUUUUACAUUAGUUUAUACUCCCUAUUCUUCUUCUUCCGAAACUAUUUUAGGGUCAUCUGGGCAGUUUAAAACUCACGAAUUCGAAGCUGAUUCGAUAACUGCUGAAGAGAUUGUUAAAAAAAUAAAUCAUAUCCUUGAAUUACAUACCAGUACAUCGAGAAGAGAAUACUUGUCACAAAAGGAGAGGAAAGCCACAAGGCGUAAGAGCUUUCAUUUGCACAGAUGACAACUCUAUUGGUUUCUAUAUUCUAUCUUAAAUUAUUUAAAACAUUAAUUGUGUUGAUGCAAUCAGGAUUAAAACAAAUGUUUGCUUCUUAAUAAGUCUUACAAAUUUUUUGAACCAAAGGAGUAUCCAAUGUCUUUACUUUUUCCUAUAUAAAAACAAACAUUUGUUCUUUUCGUUGUAUGUAAAUAUAUUUAUUUUAUUAUAUGUUACAAUAAAAAAUAGAAAAUUUA